CCCUUAUCCCCGCCCGGCGGAGGAGGGUUUGGUUGAGCAGCUGUUUGUGUGCUCGGCGCUGGGUCCGCGACGGGGGAGUCUGCGCCGCUGCCGCCUCCGGCCUGCUGAGCCACCCCGGCCCUGUCGUGCUCGCAGCUGAGCCCCCACCCCCCCACAAGAGCUGGUGUGCGCUGCCGAGGUCUCCGAGCAGCUGGGCCCCAGGCGCUACCACAGGCCAGGCCAUGACCAGCAGAGGUGCCGCCAGGCCCAACGGUCAGUCACAAGCCAGCAAGAUCUGUCAGUUUAAGCUGGUGCUACUGGGCGAGUCGGCUGUGGGCAAGUCCAGCCUGGUGCUGCGCUUCGUCAAGGGGCAGUUCCACGAGUACCAGGAGAGCACCAUCGGGGCGGCGUUUCUCACACAGUCUGUCUGCCUGGAUGACACAACGGUUAAGUUCGAGAUCUGGGACACGGCCGGCCAAGAGCGGUACCACAGCCUGGCCCCCAUGUACUACCGGGGUGCCCAGGCAGCCAUCGUGGUCUACGACAUUACCAACCAGGAGACGUUUGCACGAGCAAAGACAUGGGUGAAGGAGCUACAGCGGCAAGCCAGCCCCAACAUCGUGAUUGCCCUGGCAGGCAACAAGGCUGAUCUCGCCAACAAGCGCAUGGUGGAAUAUGAGGAGGCACAGGCUUAUGCAGAUGACAACAGUCUGUUGUUCAUGGAAACCUCGGCCAAGACGGCUAUGAAUGUUAACGACCUCUUCCUGGCAAUAGCAAAGAAGCUGCCAAAGAGUGAGCCCCAGAGCACGAGCGGUGCGGCAGGGCGGCCCCGGGGCGUGGACCUCCACGAGCAGAGCCAGCAGAACAAGAGCCAGUGUUGUAGCAACUGAAGGGGUGCGAGUGGCCGGCGCACGAGGAAGAGCGACGAUGUAACCUCCCCCUGCCCCCGCCCCCUGGCGCCUGCCCUCCGGCAGCUCCCGCUAACGGCACUUUUUACUGCUUUGACACCGCCAGGCGCCCGCCACCGCCACCUGCGGGAUGCAACCAACUGCCUGCCCGCUGGGGACAGCAGCUUCCCAACACAAACUUUUCUCCACUUUGUAUUAUAGGCGCCACUCGCUCCCGCAGCUGCUCGUCCCCCGCCCCAACCCCUCUCCCGGUAACGCGUGUCCUUGGUCUGCUAACAUCUCUCUUGCCCUCCCCUUUCCCACACGGGGCAGGAGCUGAGUGAAAGGGGCAGCGGGGACCCUGCGGGCAGCUGGAUUGCUCCUGGUGGCGCAGCUUCAGGGGGUGUCUCCUUUUUUUUUCUUUCCCCCUUCUUUCAUGGAUCCAUUGUUUUAAUUCCUCUCCUGUUCCCAUGUGCAGGGGGGAAGCUGCAGUGUCCUUAAUUUUUACCCAGGUGGCCUCUUUUAUUUUUAUUUUUUCUGUCAAGGGUUGGAAGUGAUUUUGGGGGAAUGGGGGUGAUGAACAUCUGGCCCCUGCUAGCCUGGGGCCUAGGACCCCCUCCCCCAUCACCCUGUGCAUGCCUAGAACCCCCAAAUGCACUUCCACAACCAGGCAGUUCUGUUGCUUUUCCCCUUCCCUGUAACCCGGCCUCGCCUAGGCCAGGCCCACGUGCCUCGUGUCUCUGCUGGGGCCCAGUGCUGUCUGGCAGACCCACCUGGGCAUGGGUGUUUUGAGGUGGGGGUGUUACUGGGGGUGACCCCUCCCUUGCUCUCUCCCUCUGGCCUCCACAGUUGCCCAGGGCCCUUUCCACUUGCACUUUAGUCACAGACGUCCACACGGGCUGCACCUUGGGUCACGGUCAGGUCAUGCGCGCGGGUGUUCGUGGGGAAGGGGCCGUUGCCCAACUUCCACCGCCUUCUUUGGAGGAUCUUCUCAAAGGCUUUGUGCUCCAUGGGGCAGAGGGGCCAGGCACCUUCAGUCCCAUGUGGCGGCAGGGGCAGCUGGGGCCUAUGUUGCCCUGGGGCAGGGUUAGGGUGAGGGUGGGAGCAGGGCGGGGGAAUGAACCAAGCCUAAGUAGGUGGAGACAGGGGAGCCUCACGCCUUGCUGAGCAGAGCUGGGGUGCGGGGAACUGGCCUGGCAAGGGUGGGGAACCCAGGGGCCUGGGAAGGGCCAGACUGGGAAUCCUGCUCCAUGCGGGAAGAAACUUGGGCUGGGGAUGCUUUUUUCCAGGCCCCUGGCAGGGGAUGGGGGUGGCCUGGAGGCCCUGGCGAGCUCCACCCCCACAGGCUCCUGGCACCAGCACAACAGGGGGGCGCUGCCACAGUGUGGGGUGAGCAUCCCUUCUCCCCAAGUCCUCACGCAUAGCUGUUACGGGCAUCACAGCCUCAGUUACACAGCACCUCUCGGCAGAGGCUUUGGGUCACAAGCCCCGUCUCCGCUGCCCACAGUGCUGGGCUGUGGGUGUCUGCAGGCAUUUUGCCCUCACCUCUGCUGGCUGUCCACACUGCUGCUGAGCCCACGUGGCUUGCACGUGCCUCUGCCAACCUUUCCCGGGCAGGACCCUGGUCCCACCGGGCCUCUCAACCCUGUUCUUGCUGCAGUGACCCACCGCUGGCCUCUGCCUCUAGCCCCCCUGCAUCCACCCCCCUCACUGGGGUGGGGAAUACCGUCUACACCCUCCUCUGCUUCCCAGGCAGUGUUGGCACUGGGGGCACAGCAGAAUCGGGCCCCCACCCUCCCUUACAGGCUGGUCUCUUUCUGGCUCAAAGCCUGGACCAAAUUGGGACACUGCAGCUUGAAGGCUUUUUUCCCCCCCUUCCUGGCUCUUUCCUUUGAUCAGUUUUGAUGUUUUUUUUGUUUUGUUUUUUGUUUUGUUUUGUUUUCUUUUGGUUCUUUUUGCUUUUUGAGAGAGCUCCUCCAUCGCCCUGAAAUAACAAUCAUGGUAACACCCCACUGCUGACUGACCCAUGUAUUUAAUGUAAGUAAACCAGAAACCAGUGUAUUCGA